GUAACACACCAUUCUUCACAUAUUCUCGUAUCAGUCUGUUGUAUAAUAUUAUCAGAGAUACAUUAUGUUUCUUUUCACAAAAUGAAAUUAAAAAUAUAGUUAAACUACUGAUAAAUAAAAGCGUGAUGGUCUCCCCGUUUGCAAAACAGUGCUUCGUGGUGCUGGGCAUGGCGCUGUCGCUGUCGUGUCACGGCGCCACGUACGGCCACACGGUGUCCCUGACCGCCCACUACCGAGACCAACACGGAGACCGGAUGAGCACCGGAGACGUUUCCUGGAUUGCGUCAACAUUCAACAUGACAAAAAUCCUCGGGACCCUGGCAUGUCCAGCUCUCAUGUCGUUCCUUGGACGACGCAAGACUCACCUACUCACCACCCUUCCUGCCUUCGUUCACUGGAACCUGUUCACCUUCGGAGACUCUUUGCCAGUGUUCCUGACCGCCAGGCUGCUCCAAGGAUUCGCCAUCGGCGUGGAUGCCACCAUGAGCAGCAUGCUUAUAGCCGAGUAUACGGAUCCCAAGAACCGAGCGUCUUUUGCCGCAGUCACCAUCGUCUUCAUGGGACUUGGAAUCCUGUUUGUCCAUUUCUCUGCGACGUUGCUGACUUGGCGGGCAACAGCAGCUGUCUGCUCUAUAUUGCCAUUAUUAACAGCUGUUGUCACGUGGCUGUCACCAGAAACCCCGAGUUUUCUUGUGUACAAAGGAAAGUAUAAAGAAGCGAGAAAGGUUUUCAAAUGGCUUAGGGGUGACGAUGAUGCUGAGCGAAAGGAAAUUGAUGAUUUAAUUGAGGACCACAAGAAAUCGAGGAAAACAAAAGAAGAGCCAGCCAAGAAAGUAUCGCUUAUUGAUAAUCUUAAAAGGCUUAAAGAUGUAGCUUUUCUGAAGGAGUUUCAUCAACCGGUGGUGAUUAGUCUAUGUUUUUGCCUCAUCUUUCAAUUUGGGGGUGCUCAGUACAUGCCGGCGUACGGGAAUAUCAUACUGCAGUACUUGCUACAGAAAAGUGACGUAAAAGACGUCAGUUGGCAGCUGAAUGCUCUGGAUGUGUUGAGACCUGUAUCCACAGGGAUAGCAAUUAUAGUCCUGAAGAAAUUCAAACGAAGGACCGUGAUAUUCACUUUUGGUAGUUUGACCCUCGCGUCGUUUAUAUCAAUGUCGAUAUACGUAUUUAUUCGAGAGGCCGGAGUGUUUGAUCAAAAUUGGUGGUGCGAUAUUUUAAUGAUGUCUUUGAUGGCGUUGUAUACGGUGGCAUUUAAUGUGGGAUUGUGCCCUAUUUACUUUGUUAUUUUUGGUGAAAUCAUACCUUUGGCUUACAGAGGAAUCGGCAGUGCUAUUGUUGUGAGUGUCCUUGGUCCCUGUUCAUUUGCAAUACUGAAAUCAGCUCCGUAUAUGUUCUCAACAUUAGGAGUUGAGGGAGCGUUUCUCAUAUAUGCCUCAGUUUUGUCUGCAUGUUUAAGUAUAAUAUAUGUUUUGUUACCUGAAACAAAGGAUAGAACUUUGCUGGAUAUUGAAAUCGAAUUCAAGAAUAGAAGUAAAAAUCAAAAAGUAGCUGAUGUUGAAUUGAAACUUAUGAGCUCAUCGUGAGUAAAAACUAGACUGGAAUAAAAUUAUGUGAUACAUAAA